AUGUCGCGAAGAAUAUUAUUCAGUAUCAGUUUAAUUUUGGUUUGUUUUCUUUCGACCUUCGUAUCUUCAGCAAACAUAACUGUUCACGUAGGUGGAAAAGAUGAAAAAACGGGAUUACCAACAUUAUCAUUUAGACCUCAAAAUGUCACAGUGGUUAAAGGUGACACGAUUGUAUGGGUCUUUGAUGGUGGAAAUCAUAAUGUAGUUCAAUCAGAUGGACCUGAUGGUUCAUGCGAAUUAUCAACCGCACCUGAUGCUUGUAAGUAA